UCUGAUGCGUCUGAACAGGUCUCUAAGUGGACACUCUCUAAGCUGCGUCUGUAUAAAAGACACCGUCUGGUCGUUGCGCAGCAUCAGUCAACGUUCGCUUUCUGUGUUCUACAACUGCCAAAAAUAUCAAAAUGUUUAAAGUAGUAAGUAGUUUGAGACUGGGGAUUAGAGGCAGUUAAUAACUAUUUGUUACAGUUGAUGAUUUGCGCCUUUUUCGGCAUGGCCGUCGCCUUGUCACCUGGUCUAUUGCAUGGCAUCCGUCCGGUGGCGCAUCCAGUGCGCUCCAGCCCCGUUGGGCACGGCGAGGAUGUGCACGCUGAAGUGCUUUCUCGCAAGGAUGAUGUGCGCGCUGAUGGCUUCGACGCAAGCCUUGAGACCAGCAACCAUAUUAGCCGCGCAGAAAGCGGGGAUGAGCACGGAAACAUCCACGGUAGCUUUGCCUGGGUUUCGCCCGAGGGUGAACAAAUCCAGAUCUCUUAUGUGGCUGAUGAGAACGGCUACCAGCCACAGGGUGCAGCUCUGCCAACCCCGCCUCCAAUUCCAGUUGAAAUCGAGCGUGCCCUUGCCUGGAUUGCAGCACAUCCUCCAGCACCCGAGAAAUACUCUCAUCAUUAAGUCUAUGAUCUAGUUGCAUGGACUUGUUUCUGAAACUCUGUUGUGCUUAAGUAACUCGAUUCUUAAAGAGAGUUAAAUAAACAACGUGUAAUACAGUCAUGAGAUCGUGUACUGAAUUUGAAUUAAAUAAUGUUUCUUAUUUCUUACUUUUUUACCUUAAAAGACUGAAACAUUUACCAGCUUCACUCAAUAAAGAAAAGAUAUCUCACUUUAAA